CGUAGGACGCAGUAGGUCACGCACUAGCGCGCAGGUACGCCGAAUCGGGCUGUACGGAAUUUGACAGUGUGGUACGGAAACAUCGAGGAUCAGGCUACGCCAUUUUGGGGAUGCAUCAUAAAUAACGCAAAACAGACAGUAGUUUGCCCCCUACCUUUUUGGGAAUAUAAUUGAGACUGGUGAAACAGUGUUAUGAAAGUGAAAAUAUAUCAUUUGUUGUUGAGAGAAAUUUUGAGACAGCAAACGAAAGGACGCAAGACUGUUUUGUUUUUUUUUUAAUUGUAUUUUUUUUUGUUUUUUUCAUAACAACCAACCAAAGAAAACAACAGCUGGACAUGCAUACAUAAAAAAAUAGAUAUAUACAAAAUGUAGGGGUUUUUCUUUUGUUCAAAAGAAAAUGACACCUGUUUGACAUGCAUUUUUAGUCGAGACGUCAUUUUGUAGUUUGGACGGACCGCGGCUUGUGUAACUAAUUAACUACCUGGGUAUUGGUGUUGUGAGGUUGUCGUAUUUUUGUGGUCUUGUUUAAAUAUUUAUAUUAUUAAUGUAAAGAUGGCGCUGGCGGGGGGAGAGGGAGAUACAACGAGAGGACCUGAAUCGAAACCGAUACCGCCGGCUUUUGGAGCUGCAAGUGUGGGUCUUCGGAGCCGACCCGGUUCCAGCGAACGGGACAGCCAGGUCAGAGUGUUCAGAUCAUCACUGCUGCAGCGACUGGGACCCUACGAGCCGGUCGUGACCUGGCUGCAGUCGGUGCUGGUGUGGGAAAAGCCCUUGCAGAGCGUGUUGCUGUACUUGGUAGUUAACGCUAUGUUCUGGUUGUUCACACUGACGUCUCUCCGGUUGUUUUUCCUGCUUUGCUUUGGCCUGAUUGUCGUCGUGUGUGUGGACACAUGGAAAAACAGAAUCUGGCCUCAAAUCCGAGUUAAACAGCCAGGUGACUCUGACAAUGAAAGCUGGGGGCUUGUACACCCAAGACUGCUUAGCGUGCCAGAGCUUUGUCACCACAUGGCAGAGAUAUGGGUCAGUGGAGCGUCCUUUGCACAAAACCUGGUGCAUUUCAAACAACACAAUCCUGGCAAGUUUUGUCUUUUAGUCUGUGGAUUCUUCAUGUUCUUUGCAGGGCUGGGCCGCUGUGUUCCAGGGUUUCUGCUUUCGUACUUCAUUUUGCUGUCAGUUCUGCUGUGGCCCCUGGCUGUUUAUCACAGGGUGGGUCAGCGAAUCCAUGCCCGGCUGGAGCCUGCCCUGCUGCGGCUGGAUUUCAGCGUGCGCGGGUACAUGAUGUCGAAGCGGAAAGAAAGGCAAAUGCGUGGCAAACCGUUCUGUCGGGAGCCAGUGGCAGAUGGAAGCGACAGUGAAGAGGAACUGGCUGCUUUUUGUCCUAAGCUUGAUGAUUCGCUGGUGGCUAGGGAGCUGGCUGUCACUGACUCGGAGCAUUCGGAUACUGAAGUCUCUUACACAGACAAUGGGACGUUUAAUCUGUCCAGGGGACAAACGCCACUCACAGAGGGAUCAGAGGAUCUGGACCGCCACAGCGAUCCUGAAGAAUCAUUUGCCAGAGAUCUUCCAGAUUUUCCUUCCAUCAAUCCCGACGCCACCCUGCUGGAUGACGAUGAUGAUGACACCAGCAUCGGGAUCCCCAAUGUACCCUACAGAUCCCUGACCCAGGAGGAAGCGCGCUUGCACUCGGACCAAGAAGACACCGAUACAGAGCUUCCACCUGCUCACGACUUCACCAGUGACAUUGCUGGGAUCAUAGCCAGCAACAUGAUUCAGGCAGCCCUGGUCGGAGCUAUACAGGGCCCUGCCAGGAGAGACAAUCCCCAGAGGGCGCCCCCUAGAGGCUACCGCAAACAGUCCAGCUCUGAACUGGACACUGAUGGGGAAGGGGAUGAUUUUGAAAUGCUGGACCAGUCUGAGCUUAACCAGAUUGAUCCGAUUGGUUCUCAGAGCGGAGGGAGUGGCCAGCAGCAGCAGCAGCAUUCCGCUUCGGGGUUUCUAUCUAACCUCCUGAGGAAACAGUAGCGAGUUGUGUUUUUUUUUUGUUUUUUUUUUU